UUUUUUUUUUUUUUUACUGCAGAAAAACUCUUUUUGGUCAGUUCAGCUUCCCUUCCAAAAAUCGUACAUAAUCAGAUUUUUUCUUCUUUUUUUUUUUUCUUUACUUUCAGUUUUGUUUUGACCAUCUGUGAUCUCUCCCGUUGCCUCGGACCGUUUGUUUGAUUGAGUCAUUCAUGACCUGCAAGCGAAACACAAAAAGAACUGAAGCGCUUCAGGAGGGAGAUAUUAUCUUUUUUAUAUAGCCUAUAUAUAGCUAUAUUUAUUUUUUAUUUUUGUUUUCUAUUGUUUUUCUAAUGGAACAUUUAUGACCAGAUUCCAAGUGCACAACGGGGACAUUGUGCGAGUACCGGGAAAUUCCGUAUAACUUUUUUUUAAACAAUAAAGUUAUGCAAUAGCUCAUUUUUCCUCACAGGAAAUAAAUCAAACGGUCACUUUUUAUUUUUUUAUCUAUCGAGCCACAGCCGUCUGAGACAAACAUGAACUCCGUGCAUACGCCAUUGCUGCGAAGAACUACAUCAUCUGUGUCCGAGAUCAGUAACUCCAGAUUGUAUCUAGCCGUGUUCUCAGCAGUUCUUGGUAACUUCAACUUUGGUUACUCCCUGGUCUAUCCGUCCCCCGUCUUGCCGAAGCUCACAAGUCCCGAUGCAGACCCUCGGCUCCGAUUGGACCCGAACCAGGCGGCCUGGUUCGGGUCCAUCUACUCCCUGGGUGCAGCAGCCGGGGGUCUCGGGGCGAUGCUGCUCAACGACCUGAUUGGACGGAAGAUGAGCAUCAUGAUGUCAGCGGUUCCCUCGACCGCUGGAUACACGCUGAUUGGAGGAGCCGUGAACUUGUCGAUGCUCCACGGGGGUCGAUUCUUGACCGGUGUUGCCGGGGGGAUGACGGCUGCUUCAAUUCCAGUUUACAUCUCAGAGAUCUCCCACAAAAAAGUCAGAGGGGCCCUGGGCUCCUGCCCCCAGAUCACAGCCGUGUUUGGCACCCUAACGCUCUACGCCCUUGGUCUGGUGGUGCCGUGGCGGUGGCUGGCGGUGGCGGGGUGCGUGCCAACCGUGCUGAUGGUCGUCCUGCUGGUGUUCAUGCCUUCCUCCCCCAGGAGACUCCUCUCCCUCGGCCAGGAGCAGAAAGCGGAAAAAGCCCUUCGCUGGCUGAGAGGACCCAACUACAACACGAGCAUAGAGCUCAAUGCCAUACAGCACAGCAUUAACACACAGGUUAAGAUCACCUUGGCCCAGCUGGGCACGCCCAUCUACUACCGGCCAAUCCUGAUCUCGGUUGGGAUGCGUUUCUUGCAGCAGAUGACGGGAAUCACGCCAAUUCUGGUUUACCUGGAGCCGAUCUUUGCUAAGAGCAGUGUCUCCCUGGAGCCCAGGUACGACGCUGCCAUCGUGGGUGCGGUCCGCCUCCUCUCUGUCGCCGUGGCAGCCAGCCUGAUGGACAAGGCAGGACGUAAAGCCCUGCUGUACACGUCGAGCAUGCUGAUGUUCCUGUCCUCUCUGACGCUGACCAUGAUCUCCCACACCACGCCUUGCCCGGCUGUAAAUGUUACAGCUCCGAACUCUGAGCUGGGCAAUGCGUUGCAGGCCAGCCAGGAAACGGCUCUGAGCUUCGUCCCGCUCAUCAGUACCAUGGUGUUUAUAUUUGGAUACGCCAUGGGAUGGGGACCGAUCACUUGGCUGCUGAUGUCAGAGGUGUUGCCGCUGGUGGCCAGGGGCGUGGCGUCAGGCCUGUGUGUCACAGUGAGCUGGGUGACGGCCUUCGCGCUCACGCACGCCUUCACCCUCCUGGUGGACGCUUACGGCCUGUACGUGCCCUACCUGAUGUUCACGGUGGUGUGCGUCUUCUGCCUGCUGUUCAACGCCGUGUGCAUCCCGGAGACUCGCAAGCGCUCGCUGGAGGAAAUAGAGAACUAUUUCAGGACCGGACGCACAUUCACCAUCAGGCAAAACCAUCCCAGCGUGGUGUCCAGCUGAAAACAAGAGGUCAAUCCGAGCAAAAGGAACCACUGUUGCUCUGAAAGUUAAGCAGUAAAAAGCUUAAAGUGACACAUUUCAGCUUAAGAACCUGAGAUUGCAAUUUUAGAGGUUUUAAAAUAUCAUUUCUAAUCAUCGUUUCAAAGCCUUGUAGAAGUUUUCAUCUCCCUUGAACUUUUUCACAUUUCAUCACUGUACAACCACAAACUUCAGUGCAUUCCGCUGAGAUUUGAUUUCAUAAACAACACAAGAUAACACAAGAACACAAGACAUAAAUGCAGCCUUACCAGUUAAUGCAACCUUACUAGUGAAAUGCAGCCUUACUAGUGAAAGCUUGUGGUGUUGCUCGAGAAAAUGACUGACUUCUUUCUAUUAUUUUACAUUAUUACUCUAGAAUCUGUCUUUGUGUCCUAUUACUGCUACAUAUCACAUCAAUUCUAACUCGUUUCACUUGUGCUCUACUCCUAACAUUACCUAAAGUAGCUACAUGCUGUUGUGGCAAAAGAAUAACACUUGACAGGUGGGAUGUAGAUUUGCCAGAGCAACAAUUAUCACGUUUUGUGGUCAAACAAAAUGACUGACUGUAGAUUUCAUGUAGCUACACUGAUAAAAAUCAGAAAGAAAACUGCAGUAAAUUACAAAAGGUAGUAUAAAUUAAAGUUAUAUUUAUUUACUAUGCCAACCAUGACGGUUGGAAACCUAAACCACUGAGCCAACUGGAUCAGCUGGGCCGGCUGGGUCUGCCUAGCAGCUUCUGUAAAUGAUGAAAAUUAAACUUGUUUGCAUUAAAAUAUAGCUUAUAAAAGGCUGUUGUAAACAUUUAGACAACUAAAAGGGAAAGUGUACGUAUGAUAUGAAGUAACACCAAGUUUGGUUGAAACAGUUCAAUCAGAUUUUAUGUUAAAAUGAGAAAAAAAAGGUUAUGUAAAUUGUUAUUCUGUGAAGUAAAUAUGGCAUUUCAACUGUA